GUCAACAACUAGAGAUAUUGCCAGUGGUUUGAGUUUCAAGGGUGUUUUGCCUUGGGCUUAUCUGUGGGUUUUAUUCAAAGAAAGGCUUCAAUUUUAAUCAUUUUUGAAGUUUGUUUGGUUCGAGUAGUAGGGUUUCUUCGAUGGUGGAACCAAGUCACUCCUCAGAAGAAAAGCGCGUUACGCUGAAUCCAAUGGAACCACCAGUGGUUUCAGUGACUGGCGAUGAACAACAAGCACUCCUUAGCCUCUUAAGUACAACAACAUCCUCAAGUUCUACGCAGAUUAAGAGUUUCAACGGUGAAGUUGAACCGAAAGCUUACAUAUCACGUGAUAUAUUUACAUUACCUUCGAGCCUGCGUAUUCAAAAGGGUGUAUCUACCGAAAAUGUAUCGGCUUCUGUUGGAAUUGCUUCUCUAAGUUCAGAGAGACAGGGCUGUGACUCAAAGGAAGUGGCAGGAUGGUAUUCUUCCAAUCAAGCUCCGUUAACUUCACAUAAUAGUCACGAGAAUGGGAAAUGGUCGCAUUUUGAAUCUUCAUCACAAGUUCCUUUGAACGCUUUCUCAGCAUCGUCACGCAUUCCUUUGAAUGAGGAGCACUAUUAUGAAAAAAGUAAUCCGCUGCUAUCUACUAACAAUGAAUUGAGCACCAUAUGGAAACGUGGAAGGAAGCAGAAAUAUGCUCAUUUAAGUGCAGAUGAAAGAAAAGCCAUUCGAGCUGCACAAAAUCGUGAAGCUACUCGUCGAUCUAGGGAACGCUCACGAGUUCGGUAUGAAAUGAUGGUAGAAGAGCUUAAUCGUCUACGCAAGGAAAAUGCAGAACUUUGGAGAACAAGAGAAGUCAUCAUAGCUUUAUUAAAGCAGCACAACAUCAAUAUUCCAGACUCAGUGAUUGAAGUUGUCCGCACCAGUGGUAACUUGACUUCUACUAAAGAUUUUGGUGACGUCUCGUCUUGCAAUGAAUAUUAUAAAAGUUCGUUUUCUCCGGGGGCCUCAUAUCCUUUUAGUGACUUGCCUUUUCAGGAGAUCCCUAGCCGUUCAACUGUUCUUCAACCUCAUAUGUAAAGCUUGUUUACUUGUAUAAUUUCUUGAAUUUAGUUGCGUCCUCCGUAGAAUUUCAGUAUCUUAUUUUCGGUUUCUUUUGAGUAAGCACUUGUGGAGGACUGUUUAGAAAUUGAAUUGAGCUGAGUGCAAGCAACAAGUGACAUCUUCGCUUCUCAUGUGGCUUGUUUUAAUUUUUUUGGUUUUAGAGUUGGUCUUAACUUACAGACAGAUAAAAGCAUAUCAAAUUGAUUACAUUAGCGAAUCAUUAUCGAUGUGUCGUUUCAUUUUUCCCAAAAUUCAACGCAAUCACAAAGCCAUUUUUCCAGACAGCUUCAGAAAACGAACCGACCUUGGAGCCAGUCUUGUCGGUUUUCUAUUGCUUUUUGUAUUUGCAAGUUUGUUUCUAACAGAAUAUCCACCUGAAUAAUUGCGAUUUCUUCGCUGAAAAACAGUUUCUUCUUGGCUUCAAGUCUUUAUUUAAGGUUAGCAAUAAGUCUGCAGACGAAAACGACAACUGGCGUGACGACUCACUUUGUAAGAUUGAACUCUCAUGCGUUUCUUCUUU